AUGGAGGAUAAAUCUAAAAAACAAUCAAAAGAAUUUUAUCUUCUGGAAAUGUUAGAUGAGCUUGAAAAAAAAAAAUUAUUCACUUGGACUAUUUUUUUGCUCUGUGCUGUAGCUUCUCUAAUAAAUGGAAUGAAUUCAGUGUCUUAUGUUUUUAUGGCUGAGAUUCCUAAAUUUUGGUGUGCUAUACCUGAACUUGUAAAUGAUAACUGGACAACCGAUCAAAUAAGAAAUAUUUCUUCGGCCGACGAUUGCAAUAUUUUUGAUUUCAACUACACAUAUCUUGCAAGCCUAGGAUACAGUAGAGCCCAAGAAUAUGUGGAGGAGUAUGAAUUUAUGCCGAAGAAAGUCUCGUGUUCAUCAUUUAUGUUCAACGAGAAUGGACAUUCAACAAUUGUUAAUGAGUGGGAGUUAGUCUGUAGUAAUAAAGUACUUCGAUCAAACACAUUUUUAGUGUUUGUGCUAGGAAGAAUUACUGGCUAUGGAAUUCUAGGAAUAUAUUCAGAUAAAUAUGGACGGAGAAGCGCAUUAAUUAUCAUAUUGCUUCACCGGCAAGCGGAGCAGUGUCAUGGUUUUAGGGUGACAGAAGCUGUUACAAAACGUAAAAGAAAAGUAUUUGUAGCUCUGGUUGAAUGCAUGCAUGCAAUUGGAACUUUUUUUCUGGUUGGCUUAGCUUAUUUUAUACCAGAUUGGAGGAUCUUACAAUUAACACUAUCAAGUUUUGUUCUUCCGAUAAUCAUUCUUAUUUGGUUUUUACCCGACUCUCCUCGGUGGCUUAUCUCACAAAGACGGUAUGAUGAAGCCCAAAAAAUAAUCCAAAAGUACUGUGGUUCAACUCUCACGACACCAACUUGUAUGACAGAAAAUGCAACAGUUGGAUCGCCACCAGAAGUUUUUGUAACCUUGAAAGACAAUGCAAGUUUCUUCAGCCGCAAUAUUGAAAAUUCAACCAUAAGAAAAAAUAUUUUGAUCAUGUAUUUCCUCUGUUAUGCAACAUCAACAAUAAUUUAUACCCUUGUCUUCAAUAUUGAUAAUUUCAAAACAGACCGGUACAUUUACAUGAUACUCAUAAGCGUCAUCGAAUUGAUGUCUUAUGCAGCGGUUACUGUCAUCCAGAUGUUCUUAAGUUGCCGAAAAAUAAAUAUUAUAGUCUGCACAAAUGUAUUCCUUUUAAUGAUGACAAUUUCAGUGGUACCUGAAGAUGGUAAGAAGAUAAUUGUAGGACUAGCAUUAUUCGGUAAAUUUUUUUCACUAGCAAGUUAUAUGAAUCUUAUGUUACUGGUUGCCGAAUUAUUUCCUAGUAAUGUGAAGAAUUCAGGAUUCGGUACUUGUUUAAUAGCAUCGCAGUUAGGUUCUAUGACUGCUACGUACAUUGUUGAUUUCCUUGGAAAUAAUGCCUGGUGGACACCUACAACACUUAGUGGCAUCUUAGCGCUACAAAAAGUAUCACAAGAAACAGAUCUUCUGCGCGCAUUGGGUGAACUUGAGAAGAAGAACACAUUUAUUUGGAUUAUUUUUUCGGUUGCUGCUAUGGCAUCACUGUUAAAUGGAAUUAAUUCAUUAUCUUAUGUUUUUUUAGCUGAGAUACCCGAAUUUCGAUGUUCAGUUUCGGAUCUUGUCAACACAAAUUGGACAUUUGAUCAAAUCAAGAAGAUCUCUAAAGCUGACGAAUGCCAUCAAUAUGAUCAUAAUUACACAUAUCUAACCAAUUUAAAAUACGAUGAAGCUAUAGAAUAUGUAAAUGGUUAUGAAUUUAUGCCAAGUAUUAUUUCCUGUAAAACGUUUAUGUUCAAUGAGACUGGAAGAUCAUCAAUUGUCAAUGAAUGGCAAUUGGUGUGUGAAAAAAAACUCUAUCGAGCCAACACAUAUGUAGUGUACGUCCUAGGAAAAAUGUGUGGAUUAGGAAUAUUCGGAGUUUAUGCAGAUCUUUACGGGAGAAAAUACUCACUGAUUAUUAGUAUAUUUUUGCAAAUUAUUGCUGAACCCGCUAGCGCAUUAGUACCGGGGUUUUGGGAAUAUCUUGUUCUCAGAUUUAUAACUGGAGUUGGUUUGGGCGCCAUGUAUUCAUCAGCAUACACUUUAAUGUCAGAAGCAACAAACAAUCGUAAAAGAAAGCUCCUGGUAGCUGCAAUUGAGUGCAUUUAUGCACUGGGAAUUUUUUGUCUCGUACUUACGGCUUACUUGAUCCCACAUUGGAGGAAUUUACAAUUGGCAUUGUUUGUACCAGAGUCUCCUCGGUGGCUUAUUUCACAAGGUCGACAUGAUGAAGCCCAAAAAAUAAUCCAGAAAUAUUGUGGUUCAACAGUUACAAUACCGAUUUGUAUGACAAUUGAAAAUUUAUCAACUAAGCCACCACCAGAAACUCCAACAAAAUUAAAAGAAAAAACGUCUUUCUUCAAUCGCGACUUUGAAAGCUUAAAAAUUUUGUUUUCGGAUUCUAUAUUAAGAAAGAAUAUUUUAAUUGUGUAUUUCAUAGCGUAUGCAACGGCAGCAGUUUCAUAUUCACUUGUCUUCAGUAUUGAUAACUUCAAAACAGAUCGCUACAUUUAUAUGUCAAUCGUUGUUGUCAAUGAAUUACUGUCGCAUAUGGCAGUUUCAAUGGUUCUGAUGUUUCUAAGUUGUCGGAAAGCAAAUAUCAUAAUCCUUAUAAAUGUAUUCAUUGUGAUGAUGGGGCUACUAGCGGUCCCUGAAGAAGACAAAAAUACAAUAAUAGGAUUAGCUUUAUUUGGUAAAUUUCUAACAGCAGCAACUUACACCAUUAAUUUAUUAUUAGUCGCGGAGUUAUUUCCCAGUACUGUUAAAAAUUCAGCGUUAGGUACUAGUCUAAUAAUGGUCCAGUUGGGUUCAACAUCGGCGCCAUUUAUCGUUGAUUUGCUUGGUAACGUUGCAUGGUGGACUCCAACAACUUUGUGCGAGAAUGAAACUAAGAAAGUGGAAGAGAUGUGUCUUUUACAAAUUUUGGAUAAACUUGGCCAAGGUUCUAAAUUUCUUUGGAUUGUGUUUGUUGUAAGCAUCACAACCUCGCUCGUAAACGGUUUGCACUCAAUGUCGUAUGUUUUUAUUGCUGAGAUUCCCGCACAUUGGUGCUCGAUACCGGAACUUCAAAAAUCGAAUUGGUCAGCUAAACAGAUAAAAAAUAUUUCUCAAGUAGAUGAAUGUCAUAUUUAUAAUUUUAACUAUCAAGAUCUUGCGGAUUUAAAGUAUGAAGAUGCGGAAAAAUAUGUGAAAGAUAUGAAAUUCAAUGCAAGCGUCGUUCCUUGUCCUUCAUUUGCUUAUGAUAAAAACGGAAGGUCAACAAUUGUUAACGAGUGGGAUUUAGUUUGCGAUAAGAAAUUAUACCGCGAAAGUAUAUUUUUUGUAUAUGCGUUUGGCAGGCUUUUGGGUAAUGGAUUUUUGGGAAUUUAUGCUGACAAGUAUGGAAGAAAAAAAGCAUUGGUAAUUGGAUUAAUUUUACAAAUAAUCGCCGUGCCUUCAAGUGCUUUAGUCCCGUGGUAUUGGGCUUAUAUGUUUUUUAAACUUCUCACUGGGAUGAGUGUGGUGUCGGAAGUCACUGUUGAUACGAGAAGAAAGGUUUUAGGGACUACUGUUGAUAUUCUGUAUCCUGUUGGGACAGUCACCGUUUUAAGUAUCGCUUAUUUCAUAACAGAGUGGAGAUAUUUACAAAUAACAUUAUCAUUGUUUACUAUUCCAAUAAGCAUUCUCAUAUGGUUUAUUCCUGAAUCUCCCAGAUGGUUAAUUUCUCAAAAUUAUCACGCGCAAAAAAUAUUGGACAAAUACAAUGAAGUUUCGAUUAAAUCGUCUCCUACUGCAGCAAAUUUAACAUUUGUAUUUCAACCACAAUUAGAAGAAAGUACUGCACCAAACAAUAAAAAAAAGAAAAGCAUAAAACAAUAUUUUGGAAGUAUGAAUAUCCUCUUCUCUGAUUCAAUUUUAAGAAGAAAAAUACUUAUUAUGUAUUUUUCAUUUUUUGUUUCUAUUUCGGUUGGAUAUUGUCUCAUCUUCAGUAUUGACACCUUCGACACGAAUCGUUAUAUUUACAUGGCAAUAACAGCGAGUACUGAAAUCCUGGCACUUUUUACAGUUCCAGUGAUUUUACUUUUUCUAUCCUGUAAAAGAGCAGCCAUCACCAUUUAUUGGAUCGCAUCGACAUGUAUGUUAUCGAUUAUAGCGAUUCCCAGAGCCAAUAUCAAUGUAAUUAUAGGAAUGACAUUACUGUCGAAAUUUUUCUUAUCGGCGUGCUGUACCACAAACAUGUUACUUUCUUCAGAACUCUUUCCUCCACAUGUAAGAAAUUCAGCUUUUGGAACAAGCUUGGUAAUUGCUCAAAUUGGAACCAUGAGUGCUCCUUAUGUUGUUGGCUUACUAGGUGGUGUUGCUCCGUGGGCUCCAACUUGUCUCUAUGAAAAGUGUCUUCUGAGAGUUCUAGAUGAACUUGGAGAAGGUUCAAAACUUCUUUGGAUGGUUUUUACUGCUAGUAUAUUAGCACCACUUAUAAGCGGAAUACAUUCAAUGUCUUAUGUAUUUGUCUCUGAGUGGGAAUUAGUCUGCGAUAAAUAUUUAUAUCGAGGAAAUAUCUUUUCCGCUUAUGUACUAGGAAGACUAUUGGGAAAUGGAUUUUUGGGGAUAUAUUCUGAUAAAUACGGAAGAAAAAAAGCAUUAAUAAUUGGAUUGAUCUUACAAAUAAUUGCAGUACCGGCAAGUGCUGUAUUACCAUGGUAUUGGGCUUUUGUUUUUUGUAAACUUAUAAUUGGCAUAAUAUCGGAAGUUGCAGUCGAUAAAAGAAGAAAACUUCUUGGGACUUUUUUCGAUAUUCAAUACCCUAUUGCCACUUGGAUCGUUUUAAGUAUAUCAUACUUUCUGUUCAUUCCAGAGUCGCCAAGGUGGCUUAUUUCUCAGAAUCGCUAUGAUGAAGCACAAAAAAUAAUAGAAAAAUAUCGGAAAGUUUUCAUUACACCAGCGCUGAUUGCAACACCAUCUUCAGAAGUUGAAAUAAAAAAGAAUAAAAAAGAUAAAAAUUCAACUCAACAAUAUUUUAAAAGUGUGAAAAUUCUUUUCUUAGAUCCAAAUUUACGAAAUAAAUUGUUAACAAUGUAUUACUUGUUCUUCGUGACUAUUUCUGUUAGCUAUUGUUUGGUCUUCAGUAUUGAUACUUUUAAAGCCAAUCGUUACAUUUAUAUGGCAUCUGUAGCAGCUACUCAGGUGGUGGCACUUUUGACAACUUCAGUUAUCCUUCUAUUUUUAAGCUCUAAAAGAGCAACUAUUUCUAUUUAUCUCUUCGCGGCAACUUGUCUACUAACGAUUGUAGCCAUUCCGAAAGUAAACAUCAACAUAAUUAUGGGACUCACAGUGAUUUCUAAGUUUUGUUUAACAGCAAGUUUUACGACCACCAUGUUAUUUGCUUCAGAAUUAUUUCCUCCAGGUGUUAGGAACACCGCAUUUGGAACUAGCUUAGUUGUGGGGCAAAUAGGCACCAUGGGAGCACCUUAUUUCGUAGAUUUACUGAGCGAAGUAGCUUGGUGGGCUCCAAUGAGUCUUUGCGAAAAAUGUCUUCUGAGAGUCUUGGACGAACUUGGAGAAAGUUCAAAACUUCUUUGGAUAGUUUUUAUCACCAGUAUCAUCGCACCAUUUUUAAAUGGCAUGCAUUCAAUGUCUUACGUAUUUAUCUCUGAGAUACCUGAACACUGGUGUUCCAUUAAAGAACUUCAAAAGUCCAACUGGACAAUCGAGGAGAUAAAAAAUAUUUCUACAGUUGAUGAGUGUCAUAUAUAUGAUUAUAAUUAUAAAAAUCUGGCAAAUUUAAAAUAUGAAGACGCUGAAGAAUAUGUGAAAGAUCUGAAACAGAAUACAAGUAUUGUUCCUUGUUUAUCGUUUGUUUUUGACAACAGUGAAAGGUCGACGAUUGUUAAUGAAUGGGAAUUAGUCUGCGAUAAAUAUUUAUAUCGAGGAAAUACCUUUUCUACUUAUGCACUAGGAAGACUUUUGGGAAAUGGAUUUCUGGGAAUAUACGCUGACAAAUACGGAAGAAAAAAAGCAAUAAUAAUUGCUUUAUUACUGCAAAUAAUCGCCGUUCCGUCUAGUGGAUUGGUACCGUGGUAUUGGGCUUUUAUUUUUUUCAAACUUAUUACUGGAAUGAGUACAGGAUCUUUAUAUUCAUCAUCAUACACAAUUCUAUCGGAAGUUGCAGUGGACAAAAAAAGAAAAAUUCUUGGGACUAUUUUUGAUAUUCAAUAUCCUGUCGGAACUUGGGUCGUUUUAAGUAUAGCUUAUUUUAUGUUCAUUCCAGAGUCACCUAGGUGGCUUAUUUCUCAAAAACGUUAUGAUGAAGCACAAAAAAUAAUAGAAAAAUACCGUAAAAUAAUCGUUACGCCAGCACUCAUAGCCGGAAGUUCUAAUCUUCCAUUACCAUUUUCACAAGCUGAAACAAAAAGAAAAAAACAACGUAAAUAUUUAAUUGAACGUUACUUCAAAAGUAUGAAAAUUCUUCUUACUAAUUCAAAUUUGCGAAAGAAAUUGUUUACUAUGUAUUAUUCGUUUUUCGUUUCUAUUUCUGUCAGUUAUUGUUUGGUCUUCAGUAUUGAUACGUUUCAAGCUAAUCGUUACAUAUACAUGGCGUCUACAGCAAGUGGUGAAGUAUUAGCACUUAUGACAACUUCAGUUAUCCUCAUGUUUUUGAGCGCUAAAAAAGCAACUAUUGCUAUUUAUUUCUUCGUGUCGAUUUGUAUGCUAACAAUUACGUUCAUUCCCAAGGCGAAUAUGACCAUAAUUAUAGUAAUGACAGUAAUUUCCAAGUUUUGUUUGACAGCGAAUUAUACAACCAACAUGUUAUUUGCUUCAGAAUUAUUUCCUCCAGGAGUGAGAAACACAGCAUUCGGAACUAGUUUUGUUAUGGGGCAGAUUGGCACCAUGGGAGCACCUUUUUUUGUGGAUUUAUUAAGCAAAGUAGCUUGGUGGGCUCCAACGAGUAUCUGUGGUCUUUUGACACUUUUAGCUGGACUUUUAUGCUGCACUAUUUCUGAAAAGUACCUUCAAGAAGCAAUCAACGAAUUAGGAAAAGGUUCAAAAUUACUUUGGAUUAUACCUGAGUAUUGGUGCCAUAUUCCAGAACUAUUAGAUGCUAACUGGACAGCCGAGCAAGUACAAAGUAUUUCAGCAGUGGAUAGAUGCCUGAAGUAUGAUUACAAUUAUACACAUCUUGCGUUAGUAAAUUACGAAAACGCUGGAAAGCAUAUUGAAGACUCGAAAUUUAACACUAGUCUUGUUUCUUGUUCUUCGUUUUGGAGCUUGAUUUGUGAUCGACAAUUAUACCGCGCAAAUACCUAUUUUGUAUAUUCAUUUGGAAAACUCUUGGGUCUUGGAGGAUUGGGAGUGUUCGCUGACAAGUAUGGAAGGAAGAAAACAUUAAUAAUUGCUUUAAUCCUGCAAACUAUUGCUGUACCUUUAAGUUCAAUUGUUCCCUGGUUUUGGGCUUAUUUAGUUUGUGAACUAUUGAUUGGACUCAGUAUUGCUGCAAUGUAUUCAUCGGGGUACACAAUCGUGUCAGAAAUUGCUAAUGAAAAAAAAAUGAAGAUAGUGGGAACUGUAGUAGAUGCAUUUUAUUGUAUGGGAACUUGUUUGCUCAUAACUCUCUCUUACUUUAUAACAAAUUGGCGGAAUUUACAAAUUGCAAUGUUUGUAGACGAGUCACCCCGUUGGUUAAUAUCCCAAAAUCGUCUUGACGAGGCGCAAAAAAUAAUAGAAAAAUAUCGAAAAGUAACUAUUUCGCCAGAUCUUCUUACCGAAAGUUUACCGCUUACAUCGUUACCAAUAGAACAUUCUAUAGUGACUGAAGAAAAAACAUCGAACGUUACUUAG